AUGGCAGCUUGCUUGUCCACGCGCCAAGCUGGCGAUGUGGGGAAACGCGCUAUGCGUCGAUUGACUCCGGGCGGGAGGAAUGGUGCUUGUAGCGGUGGAGGAGAUGGGCGACGACUGCAACACGCUCGUAUCAAGCCCAAGCCCGAGUCGAGACCCGAGCAAGUCAUCGCCACACGAUACCGGUUGGCGACGCAACAGCAGCACCGUAGCAGCAUGGACGUGGGCACGCAGAUUGCAUCCUACGCGGAUCAAGUCAAGGAGAUGAAAGGGAGGAUCAACUGGCUGCAGGAAAGCUUGCGGCGGUCGUCGGGAGCGGCUGCCCAGGAGCACGCGGAAGACCUGGGUAAAUUCUUUGCCGUCCAGUCCGUCAAGGUUGAAGAGCUAGGCCAGCAGAUAGAUGUCUUUUCUGAGGAGUUGCGGCAGUGGGAGGAGGCCGAAAAUCCCACCGAUGACAAUCGCUUGUCCUCGUUGGCUCGCACAGUGAUCCAGGAGGCUACCAGGGACAGGGCUGCCGGCCAAACGGUGAGGAUCCAGCUGUCGGAUCUAGUCCAGCAGCGGGAGCAGCGACGGGAUCAGAGCCCGUGCCUGAGCAUUAGCAGGAAUGACUUGGAGAUGAAGCGCAAGGCAAUGGGGGCGAGGGUGGCCAGGGCUGCCAAGCACGAGGCCAAGCGCAGGAAGGUGCAAGAGGUGAAGCUCCCUUUCAAGGUUGGUAUUCCCGCCGCCACGAGGCCUCAGGGUGGCCUUCGCACGGGUCAGCUGAGGAAGAGCAACAAGAGCAUCCUGAAUGGCACGGCGGCUGGCGUGCAGGGCUGCAUCAACAGCCUGCAAAGGGAGGUUCUGCGGCUCAAGGAAAUUGUCGAGGACAGGGACCAGCAACUGUGUGCAGAGCAGCGCUGGAGAUACGACUUGGAGAAGAGGCAUGCUGUCGAGGUAAGGGCGUUUCUCAUGGAAGCCGAGGAUAGGACACGGCAGUUCAAGUUUGAACAGGCCCUUGCGGAGAACAAGAUCUCCAACCUGUUAGCUAAGCUAGAGCGGCCAAGGGUGGUGGAGGUGGAACAUGCACAAGAGCAGCACAAAGCCGCUCUUGAUGCUGAUAACAACAUUGAGGUUGUGGUGGAACAGCCCGAUGAUGCCAAGGGCGUUGACGAUCCUGAUGCAGUGGUGGAGGCUGUCCAAGAGGAUGACGAGGUCCCCGUUGCUAGUACGCAAGACCAGACGGAUACGGAUAAUGUCAACCGCCAGGUCCCGGUAAAUAGCGGGCCUGUCGCGUGUAGCAGCCGAUUCUACGGAAGGGAGAUCGCCAUCAACGGCACCCAGCUCAGGCAAGCACUCAAGCUCAAGAGCAUUGCCGAGGCCAAGGCUGAGAACCUCAAGAGGCAAGUUAAUGCUCUCAAGAAGCUCGCCGGGGAGCUGCAACACGAACAGCAGCAGCACAGCCGACACAGGAGAGAGAGCGGGAGCAGCGACGUGGACAGAUUGCAGGCCCAGCUGCUGCAGUUGAAGAAGCAGCUGGCUGACAAGACGAGGGAGCUCGAGGCUGAGCAAAGUAAGCGAAGCGAUGAAGCUGGAGAGAGGGCGGCGGCAGUGGCGAGGCUGGAAAUCGAGGUUGGUAGUUGCCUUCCCCCAAUGUCACAAUGCACUUACAAGUGUACGUUGUAG